AUGUCAAAUACAACGGAGUAUCCGAGUGUUCAGCUUCCCAAAGGCUUGGAAAUUGUGAGUUUUACAUUUAUCCUCUUUUCUCCGCGUAAAUUCUUUAUUUUUUACCUAUUUUUUACAAAUCUCAUGUGAAAUUUCAGGUUGAUGGAGAUUCUUAUACCAAAGACAAAUCGAUGAUAACUGUGGUUAUGAAGGGCGAAGAUCACACGAUUGCCAAUCUGCUGAAACAUGUUAUCGCCCCGAUGUAAGGUUUUUUGAUGUUAUUCUUGUUGGUUUAGGUGUGGAGACGGAAUUGAGGCGAAAAUAAUAUUGAUUGGAAACAAAUUCGGAGGAAUUUGUAAUGGAUAGCUGGAGAAUUUUUGACUGCUUCUUUAUAGGCUGACAUUGACUAGUUUUUAUUGAAAUUACCACGGAUGCCAAUAAAUUGGUGAUCAGGACGAGAGUUGACCCAUGUACAACAAAUGGGUCAAAUGUUUCUCAACUCACAAAAAAAUGUUUUUACCGGUCGAAAAUGAAAAUUGAGCUUACUUUUGAUUCUCCGAUCAACAUCCAGCCUAUUUUACACCUGAUAAAUUAAUUUUCAGGGAAGGCGUUGAGUUCGUCGGUGCUGGAGAGACCCAUCCAUUGGAGGAUCAGAUCUGCAUUCGAAUCCAAACCGUCCCCGAGAAGAACAUUGAUGCCGGAGAGGUCCUAGCCCGUGGAUUCGAACUCAUCGAGCAGCUCUUUCAAGGGAUUGAAGAUAAAUUUGACAAGGCUUGCCAGGAAUUCGACUCAUAA